GCAUGUCUGCAAAAUGACAAUUAGUUCAACUUUGAAAUUAAGAGAGCUAAGAAAGAAAUAUGCAGCCACAAUGGUAUAUAUUUGCUUUGGCUAUGGUACUUUGUAUCUUAAGGACUGCCUUUGGCUGCUCUUGUGCGGAGUCAUUUGAACAAAUGAUUGGAAAUGCUGAAUUUGCCGCCCUAGUCAAAGUUACUUCAGAUGAGAUACCUUCGUCUAAUGGACAUUAUUAUGAAGUUGACAAAAUAUGUGUUUUAAAGACGCCGUAUGGGACAGACGUGGAGAGGGUCUAUUUGACCUCCCGUAGGAUGCCAGAAGGAGUAAGGACGUCGUGUGAUGGACCCAACCUGACAAAGGAAAAAGUUUAUCUAAUCAUAGGUCGGUUACACGACACAGACAACCCUGAUGUUGACUCCAUUUCAUAUUACGGAUGUGGUGGAUUCGCUAUACAAUGGCACCCGCAGAUGAGUCCGCGGACGAAAGCAAACAUGAAAGAACUCCUGCCAUUUGAAGACUGCCCUAGUGAACACUCAUAACAUGUGAUCGAAAAUAAUAUUUGACCGAUAACGGAGAAAAAGAUUUCCAAUUAAAAUGAUACUUGAAGUAGUUGUAAAUUUUCUGUAGAAAUAUGAUAUAUAUCAUUUUGCAUGCAAGAACAUUUAAUAUACAUUCAAAUUGUGUCUAGAGACAUCAUGUGGGUUUAUCAGUGGGCCGGUGGUCUAGUGGUAACACGCUUGACUGUCAAUCCAGUGGUCCGGGGUUCGAAUACCGGUCCAGACACUGGAAAUUUCUGAGAUGCUCUUGAGUGUCUCCCACCUAACUAAGAGGCUUGCACUGGUUCUUCCCUCGCAUGUAUCGGUGCUAUACACCAGGCACGUUAAAAAACCAGACUGUCUAUACGCACAUUUUUAUGGCCAUCUCAUGUAGUCAAAGACAUGUUUAGUUUGAAAGCAUUGGGUUUGGUAGAUUUCUUGUCACGCGGACGCUGAAGUCGAAAGUUAGGAUCAAAGGGUUACCGAUCAAACCUUAAAAAAUCCACAUAAUAAGUAUUUACUAAUAAUACUCUAUAUCUGCCGUAAUUCCAGAUACAACGUCAAAACUUAUACAUCAAAAUACCAGAAUAACAAUCUACAUGCCCAGUGACCCCAUGGAGAAAAUGUAUACAGGUCAAUUCAAAAUAUAUAUCUAUGGGAGUUAUUUUGCUUGCCCUAUGUCGCCAAUUAACGAGCGCCCUAUAUUUGUAAGUGACGGCUUUUUUGCUUUAAUGAUUGUUGUAGAUGGUUUGAUUAGGUUUUAAAGUAUGAUGUCAAAACAAAUAUAAUUAGAUUUCUAUGUUAUCCGUAAAUUUUAAAGUGCUGAUCCGAAGAUUGAAUUCUUGCUCAGAAUGGGAGAUCAGGUAUGUGGAUACUUGCAGUUUUAAUAUUCGUGACACAGGGAACCACCAGACAUUGCGCGUAUGCCUAAUAUAUCUAUUUUGAAAUUAAAUACCCGCUUGAAAUAUCUAUGACGACUAGUUAAGAAGUGGCAGAUUUCAUAAAAAAAUCUUUGAAAAUAAUUUAGGUGAUAAAGUUGCAAAAAGAUAUGAAAUGUACAUGUGUGGCAGAAUUGGACAAUUAAGAUAAAAAUUGCAAUUUCAUAUGCAGAAAAAUAAACAAAAAACUUUUUUCUAUUUUUAUGUGAAGUAAUAUAUAGUUCAACUUUCGACUAUUAAGAUAUUUAAGAUUCUUUUAAAACUUAAAAAAAAUGAAAGCUCUUCAUGGAAUUACAAAAGUUGUGUUAUUUGAUAUUUAUGGGUCAUAUUAUUACAUUGAUCAAUACUAAAGCUGCAUUGGUCCUCCAAAAUAA